AUGGCCGACGGAUUCAACCAGGCCCGCGCAGUGCGAGUGGCCGAGCUCAUCAACGACUACCGAACCCUCCUGUUACACAUCUCCCAACAGCAAGUCGAAGCGACACCCCAAGAUCUCCACGAAGAAGGCUUCGUCGUCCUACGAGAAUGCCACAACGCUGCCCAGAGACUGUUAUCGGCCGACUACCACCCAUUGCCAGUAACCGGACAAGGCAGUGCCGAGACCGAAAAGGCCGAACUACAGAGAGUCAUCAUCGACAGCAGCACCCGCCGCUUCCAAGCACACAAGAUCUACCUCCGCGCCGCCGCAGCCCGCAGAUGGGCCAUGACUCGCGCAAACAUUCUCCGCGGCCAACGACCCACGCCAGCGCACGCCGCAGCUUUGAAAGGAGCCCAUAUAGCGCUGCAACAGGAACUGGCGCGCGUCACCGACCAGUACGUCGUCGCUGACCUGCGAACUGCUGAUCUGCGGGCGGGUCAUUGGCUCGAGGAUGAUCCUUCCUUGGAUAUGAUCCGGCGCUGGAUCCAGGGGCGGUAA